AUGGGCAUUGGGACCACAGAAGAGGAGAAGCUUCCAGCCAGUCUGCAGUUUCUUAAUGAUCUACCUAAUCACACCAAAAAACAGCAGGUCUGGUUCUGUGGUGCGAAGAAAGGUUCCUCGAAAAAACUUCCUAAGGCAAAAGACAAGAACCUUCCAGACCCCUCGCCCCUCCUCGUGUACAGACCCUUUUACAAGACAAUAGUGAGCCGGGAGCUGGUCUCCCCUCUGGGCUUCCCAGAGCACAGCCUCGCCAGCGACUACAGAAAAGGGAUCCCAGAGCAGGUCCUCGGGGCGCCCGCGGCAGCUCCAGGACCCCCGGGCACUCUCCCUGCCGCCGCCUCGGCGCACCCCAACUGGCUCGCAGGUCCCCGCGCCCGGGCUCCAUUACGCCGCCGCCCGACGCAGUCCUUGGUGCUGGCAGGGUGUGUGGAGGGGCAUCCGGCGCACCGAGUCUCCACCCCACCGCUUAGCCGCAGAGGGUCUGGGCAGCACAGACUCCAGGCCUCCCGGAGCCUGGUCCGGAACGCGGUCUCUGCGCACCCCCAACCUCCCUCACCCGGGCUACGCAAACCCGCAGCGAAGCCGGAGAGUUACCCGCCGAGGCCCAGGGGCGACGACCGCAAAGGCGUGCCGGGCUCCGCGGCCGGGGGCCCGCUGCUCGCCGCCGCCCGCGCCGCUCGCUCCAGCUGGCUGCUGCCUCUCCGGCGGCGCCUGCCGCAUCGGGCCGCCGAAGCCCACGACUGGCAGAAACCGGAGGAAGGUGGCGCGGGGCAGGCGGGAUUCCUGCCCCCCGGACCUUGGCGGGGGAGCGGAGGAGGGCGCAGCGCCACCCGGAGUCCGGGCACCCGCCAGCCGCGCGCUGACCGCUGCGCCCGGGUCCGGAUCCCUGGCGACCGCGCUGAGCGCCUCGCGAGCCGCGGGAAGCUCCUCCUGCUCGGCGACUGGCGCCAGAUGCGCGGUGGCCACGGCGCCCCCAAACUCGGAGGAAGGUGCUGUGAGGAAGGAUGCAGCGGAACUCGCCGUCCCCCAGGGCGGCGGGGCGGGAGCUCAGCGGAUCCCUACCUUUCGGGCAGGGCGGACGCGCGCCCUAGCCGGGCGUCCGGGACAGGAAAAUCACCGCGAAGGGAGGGCCCGGGAAAGGCGGCGGGUGGCUUCAGGACAAGCCUGAAAAUUAUCCUGCUUAUGCAACUGGCAACAUGGGACCCUGCCAAUCCAAACUCUCCUCAGAAAAUAACCAUGGAUUCUUUGAGAACUAAUUAUGAAUGAAAAUUGCUGACCUGAUUUUUGGGUGAGAGAUUCUAUUAGACAAAAUUUUGGGUUCAUUUUUUUCUCUUGGAGAAAAAGAAAAAAAAAUAGCUUCAAUUUUGUCUCUGGAUCACUAUAUCAUUAAAGGGCUAUAUACUUAUCCAUCCAUUACAAUUAGUAACACAAGGUGAUCAAUAAUAGAAUAAGUUGCCUAUAUUAACUGCCUUUCAGAAUUAAUUCCUGCAUAGAUAAAUGAUGAAUUUUCUAAUCCCUAACAUUUUUACAACUCUAACAUUCUAUGAUAUCAAAAUUUCUAACUAUUUCAUUAAACUCUCAAUAUAUAUUAAACUGGUUCUUUUGCUAUUACAGAAAUUCAACCAAGAGGUAGGAAAAUGUGUCAGUGACAACAACAACCAAUUAAUGCAAGCUGCAGCAAAAGAUUAUUUAACAAACUUUCUUCCCUUAUGUGGAAGACAGAGCUGUCCUCCUCUUUGGACCCUAUUUCUCUAAGUCCCCUUGCAAUCUCCUUAAGGCUCUCAUCCUCCAUUUUCUUUUCUAGCCCAUCUCAUCCUCUUUUUGAAAUAGGAUGAGUUGAAACAGUUUCCUGGUCCAGUUUAGAUUCCAGAAAGGGGCAACUACUGAGAGAUAACAGUGACAUGCUUUUCUCUUCUCACAUUGCUUCUCUUUAAAGUAUUUACAGGACCUAGGCCUGCAUUUACAUCUGAAAAAAGUAGUUUCAUUUAGAAGCACAUCCUUGCCAAAAUUUAUGGAGAAUACUGGUAAAGGACAACACAUUUACAAGCAUUCCUUCUUUAAAAACUGGAGAGAUUGGCAAGUUGUUGCCAUAAAAGUAAGUACGUAAAUAAAUAAAUGAAUAAAAAAUAAAAACUGGGGGGAGCAAGAAAAUUUGAUCUGUCAUUCCUCAGUCUGGGGAAGAACAUCAAGUCAAAUUUAAGUACAAAGUCUGAGACAAUGGAAAAAGAAGAGGUAUUUCUGUUCUUCUAGGCCCUCUUCCAGUUAGAAGGUGAUGGUCUCCAGAAGUCUGCAGCUACGUUUCAAUCAUGUAUAUGGAGUUUAUAGGACUCAACAGUAUUAACCAUAUUUUUUUAUUUUCUGUAUUUUUGAUGCUCUGGUAUCUGGGGCCUUCAUGAUUGGGGAGGGACUGCUCUUCUCAAGGUUAGCUAAUUCCUAGAGAUAGAGGGAGAUAGAGAUAGAGAGAGCAUGCUUCUCAUAUGCAAACUACCCAUUCCAGAGCCUACAUUCCCUCCCCCCACCUCCUCUAUAGGACUCUUACACUUCAGGCCAAUAUUUCCUUGCCCUUGUCAUUGGCCUUGCAAAAUGACCUCUUCCCUAAGUUAUUUAUUUAUUUUUGUUCUCUCCCCAGUACGUCAGGUUUUCAGAUCAGUCAAGCCUAAUGAGCAGAACAUUGUAAUCUUCUUGCCUAACUAACUUCUCCACAGGACUUCCUGAUGACCCAUCAUCCAUUACCAACUGCUGACUCUUGUACCAGAACACCUGCAGACCCCAUGACUUCAAACCCCAUGCAACCUGACCUGCAUUCCACAACCCGCUACAAAAGCUCUUGCCUUAGUCAGUCAUGGAGAUGGAUUUGAGAAAUAAUCUUCUUUCACCCGGCAAUAGGAUUCUUUCUUUUCUGGCAAUACUCAUUGUCUCGGUAAUUGGCUUUCUGUGCAGUGAGCAACCAGAUCUAGACUGGACCUCUUUUGGGUUUGGUAACAACACCCUAAUUACCUCAGAGCCAGGUAUAAGAUAACUCAGGACAGCUCCUGCACCCCAGAGCUUGCAGAAAUUACUCAAAGUAGCCAAUUUCUAAGCCUGCGUACCCUGCCUUGCCCACGCUUUUCCUCGGAAAGCACAAUUAAGUAAGGCCCUUGCCUCCUUUUCCUCCCACUCCCGCUGCCUCCUGACUGACCCUGGUGUUUUUUUCUUGUAACCUUUGUGGCAUGCCUCCUGUUUCUAGGAAUCUGCAAAUGUAUAGAUUUUCAGCCAGGUAUGUUGGUGCAUACCUGCAGUCUCAGCAUUUAGGGAGGCCAAAGCCAGAUAAUUGCUUGAGUCUGAAGUUCACGACUAGGCUGGGUAACAUAGCAAGACAACAGCAACAAAUGGUUAGCUGGGUGUGGUGGUACAUGCCUGUAGUCCCAGUGACUUG